AGCGCUCAGAAAAACAUUGAAUCUGGCGCUCUAUGAAGCCGUGGGCAUGCACGCCAGUCGUCAGCCUGCCGUCUCUUAUGCGCCAGCCGCGGGAGCCCCAACAGGACAUCUGGCAGGGUCCUUAAUUGCGAUCUCUCGCUCAAUGCACCGCGCACUUCUCACCUUAUCUUCCCUCUGUUGACGCCUUUCGCCACCUCCAUGACGGUGCCUAUCAUCAGAAAGCGUGCUAAACGCCCCAAGACACGCACUGGCUGUUUAACGUGCCGGCAGCGUAGAAUCAAAUGCGACGAGCAGAAACCAUCCUGUGGAAACAGCCGAAGAUCCCGUCGGUAUUGCGAGCCUUCUGGAUCGCUCCUGCACAGCGCCCGCGAAACUCCAAUACACGAUGUGAUCUUGGCCCCGAUCACGCCCAUGCCCGCCAACGGAUCCCUUCGGAGUGUCGACAUCGUUGGCCUCGAAUUCUUCUACGCCUGGACUAUAAAAAAGCUGCCCGAGAGCUCAUCGUGGCAGCAUAUAGCAGUCGACUUGGCCGCGCAGAAGCCCUUCCUUGCCUUUGGUUGCGCCGCGCUCGGCUCGAUGCAUAGGGUAUUGAUCGCCCCGAAUGAGCGAGGAGAUGGUCACUCGAUGGUAGACCACCGUGACCUGGCAAUCCAACAGUAUACUGCCGCCAUGUCGCAUGCUCGGCGAUAUAUUUCGAGUCUUCCCGCUAUCGUCAGGGAGGAUGAGAUUGUCGUGGCACUGAUGCUGUCCCUGCUCCUCUUCUACUUCGCCCUCUAUGCCGGUAACCGCUUAGAGGCCUCUGCCCAUCUGAAGAGCGCUCUGGAGAUGCUGUACGAGCGGAGGAGCUGCCCUUCCAACGGCUUGGCUUGUGAAGGUCGACGCACGGUCUGUCUCAAAGUACGACCAGCAAAUGGCGUGGACACUCUCCUCAACACCUUCAUCCGUAUGGACCAGGAUUUUGACGUCUCAGAUCAAGCGGACCCCUAUCUUCAUCCGCUAUGUGACGAGCCUCUGCCCAAGUCAUUCUUCUCGCUGGAAGAAGCCAACGUUCAUCUGGACGUACUCGCAACCAAAGUCGAGUCAUUGAAAGAGUGCAUAGUAGACGCAGCGUACCUUGCGAAGCGAUUGGCCUCAGACACCAGCGACGAGUUGGAAUAUUACAACGACGAGUCGGAUGAUAAUACCGAGAUGGAUGUGGCCGGUCAGGUGCGAUAUUGUCUCCUUCGCGCUCUUGCCAGAACUUCGAACCUCAAACUAGAACCCGAGUUGGUGGAAGAGAUGGAGGCGACCCGCCUUGAUCUGAGUGCUUGGAGCGCCGCUUUCGCAGCCGUGCGCUUUUCCACGGAGACCGAGGUGGAGUACAUGCUCACGCAACUCUACUUGUUCUACACCUGGUUCGUGGCUUGCACGUGGCAAGACUCCACCGAGAUGAUGUGCGACCGUUUCGACCAGCAGUUCGCUCACAUGGCCGACAUUGUAGAGAGAGUUGCUCAGGCUGGCUUAGUACCGCUCACCGGGACAUCCAAGCCUCAGACCUUGCCUGCUAUGAGUCUUGGUUCGGGGUUCGUCAGUUGCUUGCGCUUGAUUAUAAUCAAGUGCCGCGUGCUCAGCAUUCGACAACGGUGUCUUGCGGUGCUCCGUACCAUCAACCUCCAGGACAUCGAUUACCUUGCGGCUCACUUGGAACGCGUGAUCGAGAUUGAGAACGAACGUGCGGGAAUCUAUCUGGACCAGAGUGACGAUCGUAGACUGCCUGAACAUGCACGGCUGCUGGAAGUUGCAAUGCUGUCAGAGCCGCGCAAUGAACUAGCAAGCUCUUCGGGCAUCCUUUCUACUCGCAUGGCUCCCACUCGGAUGGUGUACUGUGUCCGCGAGCCUAGCUUGGACGGCCGUGUACGAGCCUACACAGACAGCUUUUGAUGCCGCUGGAAGAAGUCUUCAUCUUGCCUUGAUCGAGGCAAAUGCAUCAACUUUGCAAUCUGGAUGAUGCAAGGCUCCGGAGGAUUGGAGUACGGCACAGAUCCGCAGGUCCGACGUUUCCGACAUCCGGAAAUCCGACCCGCAGUUGAAUCUGGGGAAGCUCGCGGU